GGUGCGGAGCCACGAAAGGCAUCGGCGACCGCGUCCUCCUCCUGGGCGGCCAAGUCCUUCCCAUCCCGGCCAGGGGAAGAGCCCGAGAGGCCGUCGGAGCAGGUGAUCCCGCCCGGCAGAGGCGGAGAGCUCCCGCCCUUGGCCUCGGCUCGCUGCCCUCGGUGGAAGGCGGGCCGUUGGAGUUCCCAAAGCUGGCCGGGCGGCGGCGGCGGAGGCGGCGGCUGGAGCAUUAACUUGGGCAGAGAAAAGGCGAGGGGGGGUGUGCGGGAAGAAGACGCAGCGGCGGACCAGCCAGGAACCCCGCUUAACCCCGACUAUGGCAGGCCAGCUGGAGGCUACCGAGGCCGGCGGAGGCUGAAGCAAGGAGCCCGGGGCUCGGCCAGCAACAACAGCAGCAGCAGCAACAGGGGCGAGGUUCCCUCCCAACUCCAGCCCAGCAUCGGCAUGGCUCGCUGGAUCCCCACCAAGCGGGAAAAGUAUGGCGUGGCCAUCUACAAUUACAAAGCAAUCCAGGACGUGGAGCUCUCUUUACAGGUGGGGGAUACCGUUCACAUCCUGGAGAUGUAUGAAGACUGGUACAGAGGCUACAGUCUUCGAAAUAAAUCCAAAAAGGGUAUCUUCCCAGCAACCUACAUUCAUCUCAAGGAGGCAACGGUGCAAGAUGGUGGACAAAACGAGACAGUAAUUCCUAGUGAACUUCCAUUGGUCCAAGAACUCACCUCUACUUUGCGAGAAUGGGUAGUGAUCUGGCAUAGGCUGUAUGUGGAGAACAAAAGCUCCCUCUUUCGCCAUGUACAACAGAUGACUUAUAGUCUGAUUGAAUGGCGAUCCCAGAUCCUAUCAGGCACUCUCCCCAAGGAUGAGUUGGCUGAACUCAAGAAGAAAGUCACUGCCAAGAUCGAUUAUGGCAACAGGAUUUUGGGACUGGACCUGGUGGUACGUGAUGAUAAUGGGAACAUACUGGAUCCAGAUGUUACCAGCAUGAUUUCACUAUUUAAAACACACGAGACAGCAUCCAAAAGAAUUGACGACAGGAUCCAGGAAGAAAAGUCUCUUCAACAGAAUGUGGACCGACGUGGGCAGUCUAUCUUUAAUAAUACCCACACUUACAGCCUGUACAUCAAUUUCAAGAAUUUUGUCUGCAAUAUUGGUGAGGAUGCAGAGCUGCUUAUGAGCCUUUAUGAUCCAGACCAAUCCAAAUUUAUUAGUGAAAACUACCUGGUUCGUUGGGGAAGUAAUGGAAUGCCGAAGGAAAUUGAAAAGCUUAACAACCUUCAAGCUGUCUUUACGGAUCUUAGCAGUUCUGACUUGAUCCGGCCUCGGGUCAGCCUAGUGUGUCAAAUAGUGCGAGUUGGCCACAUGGAGUUGAAAGAAGGCAAGAAGCAUACUUGUGGCCUCCGGAGACCUUUUGGAGUAGCAGUGAUGGACGUUACCGAUAUCAUUCAUGGGAAGGUGGACGAUGAAGAGAAGCAGCAUUUUAUUCCUUUUCAGCAGAUCGCCAUGGAAACAUACAUCAGGCAACGGCAGUUAAUCAUGGCACCGUUAAUAACGUCUCACGUGAUUGGAGAGAAUGAACCCCUCACGUUGGUGUUCAACAAAGUUAUUGCCGCCAAGGAAGUGAAUCAUAAAGGGCAAGGCCUCUGGGUUUCUCUGAAACUGCUGCCUGGUGAUUUAGCUCAGGUUCAGAAGGAUUUUUCUCAUCUCAUUGACAGAUCAACAGCUGUUGCCCGCAAAAUGGGAUUCCCAGAGAUUAUAUUGCCUGGUGAAGUUCGGAAUGAUAUCUAUGUCACUCUGAUGCAUGGAGAGUUCGACAAAGGGAAAAAGAAGACUCCUAAGAACGUUGAGGUCACCAUGUCUGUUCAUGAUGAAGAUGGAAACAUUUUAGAGAAAGCUAUCCAUCCGGGUGCUGGUUAUGAAGGGAUUUCAGAAUACAAAUCAGUUGUCUACUACCAAGUCAAACAACCUUGCUGGUAUGAAACUGUAAAGGUCUCCAUAGAGAUAAAAGAGGUUGGCCGCUACCAUUUAAGAUUUACUUUCCGCCACCGUUCAUCCCAAGAAUCAAGAGAUAAAUCCGAACGGGCUUUUGGGAUGGCCUUUCUGAAGCUGAUGAAUGUAGACGGCACCACUCUGCAGGAUGGCAGGCAUAAUUUAGUAGUCUACAAGGGUGAGAACAAAAAAAUGGAAGAUGCUAAGUUUUACUUGACGCUUCCCAGCACCAAGAUGGAGGUAGAAGACAGAGAUGGAGUUGCAUCCAAGCAACACACGGCCAAUUUUACUCUGAAUAAAGAUAGCACCAAGGACAGCUUUCAGAUUGCAACACUCAUCUGCUCGACAAAACUGACACAGAAUGUUGACUUGCUAGGAUUGUUGAAUUGGCGUUCGAACUCUCAGCAUAUAGGACACAACCUGAAGAAGCUGAUGGACGUGGAAGGAGGAGAAAUUGUUAAGUUUCUACAAGAUACACUUGAUGCACUUUUCAGUAUAAUGAUGGAGAUGUCUGACAAUGAAUCCUAUGAUUUUCUUGUAUUUGAUGCAUUGGUAUUUAUUAUUUCCCUGAUUGGAGAUAUCAAGUUUCAGCAUUUUAACCCUGUACUGGAAACUUACAUUUAUAAACACUUUAGCGCCACCUUGGCCUAUGUGAAACUCACCAAGGUUCUGAAUUUCUAUGUUGGGAAUGCAGAUGAUUCUACUAAGACAGAUUUGCUAUUUGCUGCUCUGAAAGCUUUGAAGUACCUCUUUAGGUUCAUAGUACAAUCGAGAGUUCUUUAUCUAGGAUUUUAUGGCAAAAGUGAAGAUGGGGAUGAGUUUAACAAUGCCAUUCGCAAGCUAUUCCUCUCCUUCAACGUCCUCAUGGAUAGACCGCUUGAAGAAGCUGUCAAAAUCAAGGGUGCUGCUUUGAAGUAUUUGCCGAGCAUUAUUAACGAUGUCAAACUAGUCUUUGAUCCAGUAGAACUCAGUGUCCUUUUCAGCAAAUUUAUUCAAAGCAUCCCUGAUAAUCAGCUUGUCCGUCAGAAGCUCAAUUGUAUGACCAAGAUAGUGGAUAGUGACCUCUUUCGUCAGUCUGAAUGCCGUGACAUUCUUCUCCCCCUGCUGGUAGACCAGCUCAGUGGACAACUGGAUGAUAAUUCUCACAAACCUGACCAUGAAGCCUGCUCACAACUGCUUAGCAAUAUUCUUGAGGUACUCGAUCGGAAAGAGGUGGGUCCAACUGCAGAUCACAUCCAAUUGAUAAUGGAGCGGCUACUGAGGAGGAUAAACCGAACCGUGAUUGGAAUGGGAAGACAAUCUACUCACAUUGGUAGUUUUGUAUCCUGCAUGACAGCCAUCUUAAGACAGAUGGAUGAUUCCCAUUAUAAUUACUACAUCAGCACUUUCAAAACCAGACAGGAUCUUAUUGAUUUUCUGAUGGAAACUUUCAUCAUGUUUAAAGACCUGAUUGGUAAAAAUGUCUAUGCAAGUGACUGGAUGGUGAUGAAUAUGAUGCAGAGCAGGAUUUUCCUUCGAGCCAUCAAUCAGUAUGCCUCUGUGCUCAAUCGCUUCUUCUUGGAUCAGGCAAGCUUUGAGCUUCAGCUAUGGAAUAAUUACUUCCAUUUGGCAGUAGCCUUUCUUACUCAUGAAUCCCUUCAACUAGAGACUUUUUCCCAGGCUAAACGGAACAAGAUAAUGAAGAAAUAUGGAGAUAUGAGGAAAGAAAUUGGCUUCCAGAUAAGGGACAUGUGGUACAACCUUGGACCUCAUAAGAUCAAGUUCAUCCCUUCCAUGGUGGGCCCAAUUCUGGAAGUGACCUUGACGCCAGAGCCUGAGCUGCGGAAAGCAACCAUCCCUAUCUUUUUCGACAUGAUGCAAUGCGAAUUCAACUUCAGUGGAGGCAGAAAUUUCCGUAUGUUUGAAAAUGAGCUGAUCACUAAAUUAGAUCAAGAAGUGGAAGGAGGUCGGGGAGAUGAACAGUACAAGAUCUUGCUGGAGAAACUCCUCCUGGAGCACUGCCGGAAGCAUAAAUACCUAUCAAGCUCAGGCGAAGUCUUUGCCCUGUUGGUUAGCAGCCUGCUUGAGAACCUAUUGGAUUACCGAGCGAUUAUGCAUGACGGGAGCAAGGAAAACCGCAUGAGUUGCACUGUCAACUUACUGAAUUUUUAUAAAGAGAAGAAAAGAGAAGAUAUAUACAUCAGAUACUUAUAUAAACUCCGAGAUUUGCACACUGAUUCUGAGAGCUACACUGAGGCAGCUUACACACUCCUGCUUCAUGCAGAGUUACUUCAGUGGUCUGAUCAGCCAUGUGUUCAACAUCUGCUGCAGAGGGACAGCUAUUAUGUCUACUCACAACAGGAACUUAAGGAGAAGCUUUACCAAGAAAUCAUAGUCUUCUUCGACAGAGGCAAAAUGUGGGAGAAAGCCAUCCAGCUCAGCAAAGAAUUGGCUGACAUGUACGAGAACAAAGUCUUUGACUACGAGAGCCUUGGCAAUCUCUUGAAAAAACGGGCCACCUUCUAUGAGAACAUCAUGAAAGCAAUGAGGCCUCAACCAGAAUAUUUUGCUGUUGGAUAUUUUGGCCAUGGAUUUCCUUCUUUUCUUCGGAACAAGAUGUUCAUCUACCGUGGAAAGGAAUAUGAAAGGAGGGAAGAUUUCAUUGUGAAGCUCCUCACCCAGUUUCCAAAUGCUGAGAAAAUGAGCAGCACCGUCCCACCAACUGAAGAUGUCAAAGCUUCUUUUAAGCAAUACAUACAGUGUUUCUUAGUUAAGCCUGUCAUGAACCUUCCUUCAAGCUACAAAGACAAGCCUGUUCCAGAGCAGAUUCUAAACUUUUAUAGAUCCAACGAAGUGCAACAGUUCCAACACUCGCGGCCUUUCAGGAAAGGAGAAAAAGAUCCCGAGAAUGAAUUUGCAACUAUGUGGAUAGAACGUACCACCUAUACAACAGCCUAUUCCUUCCCUGGAAUCCUCAAAUGGUUUGAAGUCAAGCAAGUCACUAUGGAAGAAAUCAGCCCCUUGGAAAACGCCAUUGAAACCAUGGAGCGGACAAAUGAGAAGAUCAGUAACUGUGUUCAACAACAUGCUUGGGACCGCGUCCUGCCUGUCCAUCCCCUCUCCAUGCUCUUGAAUGGCAUUGUGGAUCCAGCAGUAAUGGGCGGUUAUACCAACUACGAGAAGGCCUUUUUUACUGAGAAAUAUGUUCAGGAACACUCUGAAGAUCAAGAAAAGAUUGAAUUACUCAAGCAACUAAUUGCUCUACAGAUGCCUUUGCUGGCUGAAGGGAUUAGAAUCCAUGGGAAGAAACUGACCGAACAAUUGAAGCCUCUUCAUGACAGGCUAACCACUUGCUUCAAGGAGCUACGAGAGAAAGUGGAGAAGCUGUACGGUGUGAUCACCCUGCCUUCCUCACUGACGGAGAGAAAGCAGAGCAGGUCUGGUUCGGUGGUUUUGCCAUACAUUAUGUCCUCCACGUUGAGAAGGCUGUCAGUUACUUCUGUCACUUCUUCAGUUGGGUCGACUUCAUCUACAUCAUCUGACAGCGUUUCCUCCAGACCAGGAUCUGAUGGAUCUAUUCUUGAGCCAUUGAUGGAAAGGAGAAGUUCGGCAGCCUCCAGGAUGGAAGAACAGCCUACCAAAGAUGAUGCAGACAACCGAGCUAAUAAAUUCCGUCGGAAAGACUGGAGUCUCAGUAAAUCUCAGGUUAUUGUAGAGAAGGAGCCAGAGGCUGAGUUGGCUUCCAAAACGAACGCAACAGGAAAAGCUCCGAGGCCAAAGAGCCUGCAACUGGGAGAAAGCAAACUGACUCGGCUUCAGAACUCAUCACUUCACCAAGCCGGAGCACUCAGCCCACCACCAAUCACUCCCAAAACACCGAGAACACAAAGUUUUCCUUCCUUGCAAGCAGAUGGAUUAACAACCGUUAACUUGCAGAAUUCUCCUCCCCCACCGCCGCCCAAAUGCAAACCCUACGAGAAUCACAGUUCCGGAAACUCCACAGAGGUAGCUCCACCUCUACCCACCAGGCGAGAAACCAAACCUCCUCCUCCUCCUCCUAAAACUAGGAAAUCCGGUGUCCUUUCUUUAGAACAAGAACUACAAUGAGGACUCCAUAUCAUGUUGUCUCCUUGCAUCUGGAACUGAACAUCUGGUGUUUUGUGAACGUAUCUAGUUCUCCAGAGCGUCUCAGGAUUGGCUUCUUCCUGCCGGACAGCUUCGCCUUCCAUUCCUGCACCAAGUUUGGGGAUGUGAACACAAAGCAGCUGCUAGAAAUUUUUUGGCAAAGCUGCUGUUUUGGCUUUCCUGGCUUCUGAUUCCCCUAUUGACGUCCCAAGACGUAUCUUCUGAUCAACUAUGGCACAUCAGGGCUUCUGCAAGGCUAAAGAAACCAAAUUCUGUUAUCCACCAGUCCUUGUUCCACCACUGAUAAAACACCAGCACUAUGGAAAUUCUCAGGGGAAUAGAUCUCCAAGCAACUAAGAUCUUCUUUGGUCUUGAAACAGCUAAGCACCACACUGUAAAAAUGCACACUUGCCGCUAGAGUGGAUAUGUGUGACAAAUUCAAACCCACUUUGUUGCACUUGGACAGUUGAGGAUAUGGUUUCCAUCAGUCUCGCUGGCCAGCAGUAGAGACCUUGGAAUGGGAUAAACCUCGUAUUAGAGGAAGGAUUCUUUGGCCUGCUUAGCACACGUACUCUUUGCCUAUUUAUUCCAAACUUGGAACAAAAACCUAAUUCCCAGGGCCUAUGUUGGAAUAUAAGGGGCACAAUGGCUCAGGGGCUAAGACGCUGAGCUUGUCGAUCAAAAGGUCGGCAGUUCAGCAGUUCGAAUCCCUAGUGCUGCGUAAUGGAGUGAGCUCCCAUUACUUGUCCCAGCUUUUGCCAAUCUAGCCGUUCGAAAGCACGUAAAAAAUGCAAGUAGAAAAAAUAGGGACCAUCUUUGGUGGGAAGGUAACAGCGUUCCGUGCACCUUUGGCGUUUAGUCAUGCCGGCCACAUGACCACCGAGACGUCUUCAGACAGCGCUGGCUCUUCGGCUUUGAAACAGAGAUGAGCACCGCCCCCUACAGUCGGGAACGACUAGCACGUAUGUGCAAGGGGAACCUUUACCUUUAUGUUGGAAUAUAUGGAUUUUUUGAUAGGGCUGAUAGGCUAAUCAAUAAAGCUAAUCUAAUCUAAUAUAUGGAUUUGUAUAUGACAGCCCAAAGCAUCGGGCAGACCUGUAGAUUCCAUAAUGCUGAGAUAUUACUUUAUAUCUACAUACAGUAGAACCUCUGGUCACCACCAUAAUUCGUUCCAUAACUUUGGUCAGAACCCAAUCUGGUCGUGGUCAGAAGCAUUCAUGACCAGAGGUUCUAUGUACUUUAAUUUUCCAGCAAUAUGAAGGUAGAUUAAAAAAGAAAGAAAACCGGCAUCUGUCUAUUCCCAUAGUUGACCAACUGUGUCCUUCAAAGUCUUAGGUUCUCCUCUUCUUUCAAGUGUGUGCAAACACUAUCAAAUACGCCACUAAUUCCUUCUGUUGCUGCCACUUUUCCAAAAUUUUGCAUACAAACAGAGCGGCCUAUACUACUGUACCUUUGGAGACUCGUUUAUUCUGAAUUCUGGAUGUAUUUUUUUUUCCUUUAUGCAAUAAUGUGUUGAUAAUACAUAAAGGUGUAAUUAUCCUUGGAAAUUUGAAGAAUGGACUGCAUAUUGAAAGUGCUUCCAAAAAAGAACUGAUAAACCGGGACUGGACAUCAACUUAAAUGUCUUAUUGAAUUCUUUGCUAAAAUGGAAGUGGGUGUAUCGCUGCCUGUUGAAUUCUAGAUUCUUACUGUAUCUCCCUUUGUAUGUCUUACUGUUAAAUGCUGCCUCUGUGUUUACUUGUUUAUAACAGAAACUCAGGGCUCGGCCCCCAUGGGACUCAAGUUUAUCUCAGAGAUAGCUGACAUAAUCGGAUUAUGCUAUCUCUGUCCAUCUUCAGUCGUGGAUUGAAGUUAUAGGCUAAGUGCACAUAUCAGAUGAUGGCAUGUUUUGCUUUAACUAUUGUUCCAAACCAGUAGUGAAAUCCAAUUUUUUUUACUACCGGUUUACUACCGUGUGUAGCUUGGUGGGUGUGGCUUGGUGGACAUGGCAGGGGAAGGAUACUGCAAAAUCUCCAUUCCCACCACACUCCAGGGGAAGGAUAUUGCAAAACCUCCAUUCCCACCCCACUCUGGAGCCAGCCAGAGGUGGUAUUUGCCAGUUCUCCAAACUAUUCAAAAUUUCCGCUACCAGAUUCUCCAGAACCUGUCAGAACCUGCUGGAUUUCACCCCUGUUCCAAACCACUAUGUUUGACCACAUAAGAGGUUUAGCCAAAUACCCACUCACUAUAUUAUGGCUUAGCAUGGUGCAUGAACCCAGCCACAAGGUUGAUAUUUAUUCACAGAGUAAAUGCAUUGCGCAAGACCAUUUUCUAAUGGUGGGUAGUUGGGCAUCUUUGCCCACAGAUUACAAUUUGGUUGCAUCGAUCAUUGAUGAAUGGCCACCUGUCCAAGGGCUUCAGAAGAUGUUCAUUGACAUUAACCCUUAAGGUUGCAUCAUGCCUUCAAAGUAAAAAGUUUAUAGACUGGUGUUUUUUUUAAGAAUUUAGAACAGGGGUCUCCAACCUUGGCAACUUGAAGACUUGUGGACUUCAACUCCCAGAAUUCUGGGAGUUGGAGUCCACAAGUCUUCAAGUUGCCAAGGUUGGAGACCUUUGAUUUAGAACAUCUGUGAUUCGGGGGGGGGGGGAGCCUUAGAGGCAUGCCCUUGUUGAAGCAGAGAGUACGGCCUUUGAAUUAGCAGAUUACAGCUGUUGAUCUUAUCCUGUGGAUUAACAUUAUAGAGUGGACCCAAACUAUUUAAUUGAUAUGCAAGAGAAAAGAUGCAUUUAUAGAGAAAUGCAUGGCUCUGUUUGCCAUUCCUCAAACUUCUGCACUAUCUGUUCAAAGAAACCACCAGCCGAAAUUUAAUGCACGCCAUGGUAAAGCUAACUUUGUUUACUGAACCCAGCAUUUUGUAUAUAUCUUAACAGCAUCUCAGUAAUUCAGGUGUGUUUGCCUUAGGCAAAAUGUCUAGCCAGAAAGCUGAGGUUCACAUGUUAAUGUUGUACAUAGUUCUUUUCUUCUUUAAAAACUCUCUGUCUCAACUUAUUAGUUCUACUUUUAUUUUGACCAUCAUUGCUCUCUGAUAAUUUUCUACUAUUUCUUAGCAUUCCAGGUUGACAAAGGCUCUAGUGUACGCAGUUAAAAGAUCCCCUCAUUUUUAUGACUAGCAAUGCUCAAAAGUUAUUAAGCCUCUCUUGGCCAGUGUUCCAACUAGAAGCCUCACAGACAGUGAUUCAAGAAUACCAUUCUUUGUGAGGAUGUUUAUUGCAAGAACUAAGAAAUCCCUUAUUUGGGCAACUUCUCAAGGGUAAGAAUCCAACCCUAUUUAUAGUAUGAGCAAGGUUCUGGGAUGACUCUGUCUUCCUCCUCCCAACAAUGCAGCCCCUGGAAGGUAAAGUCAUUGAAUUAAAGCUGUUGAAAUUUGUUUGCUUCUUUGAGUCUGAUUGCCAAAAGAUUAACAUUAUUGUGUGGCUCCAAACUGCUUAAUUGGCCAAUACAGAGAGGGUGGGGGGAGCAUUGAAAAGAAGCUUGUUUGGCUUGUUCACGAAGCAGCUGUCCUUCAGAGAUAAAACACACUCUUUGCCUGUAGAUGGUCCAGCGAUUUGGUCCACGGUGUUUUGUAGAAGAAUACAGGAUGGCCAUGAAAGAUCGAAAGAAGGGCUCCUACCAAGACAAUAGUCAGAUAAGGGGCUUGAGCCUUAGUUCACACAAAGUGAGAGGGGAAAAUACAUGGCAAGAUUCUGUUAUUAUAGCUAUGACGUUAAAAGUACUCCUGACAUGUAUGGUGGCAUCGAUUUCUCAGUUUUAUCAACGUUGUUGUCCUGACAUAAUUCUAAAUGAAUUACUGAUCUCCAGGACAAAAUAGUGGCGAAACACAAUUCCCGAGGUCCUCCUAACCAUGAGCUUAGUGGCAAAUUUGCAAGUUAUCAAGUUC